AUGCCCAGUCAGAUCUUCAAAGGAAGGGUCUUCGCAGCUGCGGGACCUCUUCCUGGCCAGUUCACUGUCGAUAAUCUAAAACGGUGGACUUCUCUACGAAAAGGCAUCUUCCUUGACGAUUUUGACGAGACUGUCACUCAUCUUCUUUGCACUAGAGAGCAAUGGGACAACAAAGUCCCCAGAAUCAAGCAGGCUUUGAAGCGUCACAAGAACUUUCCAAUCAUUCACUGUGAUUGGUAUGAAUUCUCUACGGUCCAGAAUAAGAGACUUCCUGAGAAGGACUAUUCCAUGAGAAGCCUUCAGGCGAAACUGAACGCCAGGAGAAGAGAGAAAGAACGCUGGGAGAAGGGUAUUCAACAAGGCAAGAAAUUUGUCAACACAACAGACUUCUACCAUCUCUAUCGAGAUCGUCUCAAUUUUGUUUAUGAGAUUCACAUCACUCGAGAUGACGAAAUGACUGGUGAAGUCGGCCAGAAAUACACCCUCUACUUGUGGGAGUCUAAUGCCAAGCCUCACCUCUAUUUGUUCGCGGCCCGCUUUCUCAAGAAGAAAGGCAGCACUCAGCCAUCCUAUCACCGCCCUAGUCCUCACGAGGGACCAUGGCGACAGGAGAUGGAUCUCUUCAUGGAUUUCUUCAAGAAGAAGACCGGCAUUGACUGGCAAGAUCGUGUGACUCUAGCUAAUACCCAGCCAAGAGCCUACUUCCAGUAUACUCCACCAGCCAGAGGAAAGCCCAUUGGACGACGUCUGCGCCACGACAUCGACUACUGUCGAGAAAUCAAUGCUGAAAUCCUGGGACUGCUGUGGCCUCCUGUCGAAAACCCCGAGUCUUCAAAGAAUUCUACGGAGAACGAUUCUGACGCUGGACCAAGAGCUUUCGAAGACGAAGAUGAAGUGAUGGCUUCGCCGCCAGAUUCCACUGUUGCUUCAGAGUUAGGGGUUCAUGGCCAGAAGCCAGAGGAAGACCACAGCCAAAACCAUGGCCAAGACCAAGACCACGACUCUGGUACUGAUCACAAGAGCCCUGAAGUUGAUGCGGAGAUCAUGGCUUCACCUCCCCAGUUUAGCCAGGUACUGGCAGACGAAAGUAGCCCUGCUACCGCCUCACAUUUCCCAGGAAGUGAAGUCUACAGUGCACACUCCGAACAGAGACUCAAAACUCCUUCACGGGACAUGGAAGCCGAGACCGAAGGUGCUCCCGGUCAUCCAAUCUUGUUGGUCACUGAGAGUGCUCCAACCUUUGCAGCCAAAUCUGCUAACCCAGCUCCAUCCAUUGACGAGAACGAUACCUCAAAAACAUCCAACAGCCCUCUCGUGCAUCACGACAAGGAAACGGGCAUAGAAUUGUCACUGGAGUUCGAGGGUUAG